AGGACGAGGUCGGCAUGCUCCGCUUCUCCGGCUUCCCGGAGAGCAGCCUCGCGAGCCUGAAGGCGCACCUCUCCCGGAAUUUCGGCGUGGCCUUGGCCGAGACGCCAGUUUCCACCGACGGCUGGUCCUGGGGCGAGUGGGAGCUCGACGGGAACCACGCGCUCCGCGUGAUGGCCAGCGGCAAGCUGAGCAUGGAGAUUCCCAUCGGCGACUUGAGCCAGGUGCACAACCCCGGCAAAGGCGACGUUUCCCUGGAGCUGCAGGACGAGCUCACCGGGAUAGGCGGUGAGGCCGAGGUGCUCCACGAGAUCCGCUUCUUCGUCCCGCCCACCCCCGGCGCCGAGAUGGCGGCGGAGG